GUGUGUUUAAGGUUUCUCUUUCAAUUCAUCAAACUGUCAGAGUUUCACAGAUGCUGGAGAUUCCAGUGUGGGUGUAAAAUUGUGACAUUUGACCCGUGGUUUGACUGUAAUUGGACUGAUGUUCCACCCUUCUUGAGUCACAAUGCUGCGACCAGCACAACUCUUGACUUGCCGUCACCAACAGGCUGUCUGUGUAGAGUAUAUAAGCAUGUGAAAGUUGCACUGCUGAAAACUGAGAAAAGGAACUGGCAUAAAGGUAAACAUGGGGAACCAGGCCACUAAACCCAACAAGAAUGUAAUUCUGCCCCAGAUUGCACCGAAUACGUGUGAGAACAAUAAUGUAAUACUGAAGCAGACUACACCGAAUACGAAAUGGGAGAACAAUAAUGAAAUACUGAAGGACGCUACGCCGAAUACAAAAUGGGAGAACAAUAAUGUAAUUCUCCAGCCGAUUACGCCAAAUACGCAAUGGGAGAAAAACAAUGUAAUGCUGCAGCAGAUUGCGCCGAAUACCCAAUGGGAGAAUAAGGUGAAUCGAUGCCCAUUUUCCAAGCAAGUGAAGAACUUCCAGGAUGGCUCGUGUCAUCAGGACACAUUACAUCACAAAGCGGUUCAGAGCCAGAUUUGCAUGUCUAAAGUCUGUGAAGGCUCUAUUAUGACUCCAAAAGCUAUGACGCGCUGUCCCUCCUCCACACGACCAAGCUCCGAUGACAUCCUCACGCAAGCUGUUGACUUUAUCAAUCAGUACUACAAGUCCAUUAAAAACUCAAAAAUCGAGGAGCACAUGUCUCGUCUGGAGGAAGUCACAAAAGAAAUAGAGGCAACUGGCUCAUAUCAACUCACCACAAAAGAACUGGAAUUUGGGGCUAAACAAGCAUGGAGAAAUGCACCUAGAUGCAUUGGAAGAAUUCAGUGGACUAAUUUGCAGCUGUUUGAUGCACGUGAAUGCAGAACUGCUGAGGAUAUGUUUCAGAUGUUGUGCGAACAUAUUCAGUUUGCUACCAAUGGGGGCAACCUGAGGUCUGCCAUCACUGUGUUUCCUCAAAGAACUGAUGGCCAACAUGAUUUCCGUGUAUGGAAUAGUCAGCUCAUACGAUACGCUGGCUAUAAAAUGACAGAUGGUACAAUAAUAGGAGAUCCUGCCAGUGUUGACUUCACAGAGAUUUGCAUCCAGCUUGGGUGGACACCAAAGUAUGGUCAAUUUGAUGUGCUUCCAUUGGUGUUACAAGCUAAUGAAGAUGACCCUCAGUUUUUUGAAAUUCCCCAACAUUUGAUUUUGGAAGUCCCCAUGGAGCACCCACAGUACAAGUGGUUUAAGGAUUUGAACCUCCGAUGGUUUGCAUUGCCUGCGGUGUCCAACAUGUUGCUGGAGAUUGGUGGUCUUGAAUUCCCAGCGUGUCCUUUUAAUGGUUGGUACAUGGGCACUGAGAUUGGAGUGAGGGACUUCUGUGAUACCAAACGCUACAAUGUUCUUGAGCGGGUUGGCCGUCAGAUGGGUUUGGAGACACAAAAACUGUCCUCGCUAUGGAAGGAUCAGGCUCUGGUGGCCAUCAAUGUCGCAGUGAUGCAUAGUUUUCAGAAAAAUAAGGUCACCAUUACCGACCACCAUACUGCAUCAGAGUCCUUCAUGCAGCACAUGGAGAUGGAGAUAAGUCUUCGAGGAGGCUGUCCAGCUGACUGGGUCUGGCUGGUGCCACCAAUGUCUGGACCUCUAACCCCUGUGUUUCACCAGGAAAUGCUGAACUACAUUCUGUCACCCUUUUUCUACUAUCAGCCUGAUCCAUGGCUGACACACAAGUGGAAGGACGAGAAGAGAAAUAUGAGGAAGCAUAAAAUCAGCUUCAAAGGACUGAUCAGAGCAGUGCUCUUCUCUCAGACACUCAUUAAAUCAGCCCUGGCCAAGAGGGUGCGUUGCACUGUUCUGUACGCCACAGAAACAGGGAAAUCAAAGACUUUAGCUAAGAAACUAAACACCAUGAUGAACUAUGCCUUCAGUUCCAAAGUCGUUUGCAUGGAGGACUACAUCUUCAGUGAACUUGAGAAGGAAAGCCUCUUAUUUGUUGUCACCAGCACCUUUGGCAAUGGAGACUGUCCAGGAAAUGGAGAGAGUUUCAAGAAGCAGCUUCUCAGCCUGAACAACCUUGGACACCAAGUCAGGUACUCUGUGUUUGGUCUCGGCUCUCGAAUGUACCCACACUUCUGUGCAUUCGCCCAUACAGUGGAUGAUAGGUUUGCAGCGCUGGGAGCCAUUCGUGUGUCUGCCACAGGAGAGGGAGAUGAGCUGAACGGACAGGAGGAAGCUUUCUCAGCCUGGGCUUGCACUGCCUUUAAGGAUGCAUGCAAGGAGUUUAACAUUCAAGGUCAGCUUCCAGGAAAAGAAGGUCUGGCAGAUUCCUGGGAUCCACAGAGGCACAGAGUUCAGAAUGACAGUUGUACAGUUGACCGAAUCACAGCUCUGUCAGCUCUCCAUUCUAAAACACUGGUUCCCAUGAAACUAAAGAGAAGGCAGAAUCUACAGAGCCCAAAGUCAAGUCGUGCUACAAUAUUGGUGGAGUUGGAGAUGGAUGGAAACACAGAGCCCUUAAACUUUGCCCCUGGAGACCAUGUAGGGAUUUUCCCAGGGAACUCACCUGAAUUAGUUGAUGGCAUCCUGAAGCAUCUGGCCAAUGCCCCUCCUAUAAAUCAGAGCCUACGCUUGGAAUCCCUCAGCGCAUACCCUGAUGGGGAAAGGUGGCAGAAAGUUGAAAGAAUACCACCAUGUCCUCUUUCCCAAGCUCUUACCUACUAUCUGGAUGUCACCACCCCACCCUCACAAAGCCUCCUCCGCAAACUCUCAAAGAUGGCAAAGCAGGAAGAUCACAGACAGCGCCUGCUUGCAUUAGCAACAGAUUUCCAAGUCUAUGCAACAUGGAAGGAGUUCCACAAACCUACUUUUCUUGAGGUGCUAGAUGAGUUUUCCUCUCUGGAACUUUCUGCGGCCUUUCUCCUCAGCCAGCUGCCUCUUCUGAAGCCACGCCUCUACUCUGUCAGCUCCUCCCCAGACCUCCACCCUCAGGAGCUCCACCUCACUGUGGCCGUGGUCAGCUUUUACACACAGGAGGGAAAAGGUCCACUGCAUUUUGGUCUUUGUAGUACCUGGCUCAAUACCAUCAAAGAAGGAGACAUGGUGCCAUGUUUUGCCCAUAGCUCUGAAGGUUUCCACCUUCCAUCCGACCGCAGUGCUCCCUGUAUUCUUGUUGGAGUUGGAAGUGGCAUUGCUCCAUUCCGUAGCUUUUGGCAACAGCAAUUCCAUGACAAGAAAAAAACAGGUCUGAAAGGGAAUCCGAUGACCCUUGUGUUUGGGUGUCGAGGUUCAGAUACUGAUCAUAUUUACAAAGACGAGACUCUGGACAUGAGAGAUAAUGGUGCCCUGAGCAGUAUCACAACCGCUUACUCUAGGCAGACUGGACAACCCAAGGUUUAUGUCCAAGAUAUCUUGCGAGAACAACUGAGUGACCAGGUCUUUGAGGUUCUGCACCAUAAUCCAGGACAUCUGUAUAUCUGUGGAGGCAUGAACAUGGCCCAUGAUGUGGCUGCCACUAUCAAGGAGAUCCUAGUCAGCCGGCUGGGCAUUACUCUUACUCAGGCUGAGGAAUAUCUGUCAAGGCUCAAGAAUGAAAAGCGGUACCAUGAGGACAUCUUUGGAUCCUAGUGCUUGAGAUCACCUGGACCACCUCAAUCUUUUCAAUAUUCAAACACACCAAAAAACCUGGAGAUUUUAAUCUUUUAAAUUAUAAUCUUUUGAUUUUCAUACAGCUUCCAAAAUGAUAACAAAACCUCUCUUAACUGCAAAUAUAAAAAAUAUUACACUAAUACAAAUAACACUAGAAACCCAGUAAAACACUUUGCCAGCAACAGCAGUGCAUUAAGUUUCCAUACACCAACCUUAUCAUCAGUAACAUUUGGAAUGUACAGUAUUUCCUGAUUGUAAAUAUACUGUAUUUUAAUUUCUGUCUUUUUGCUUAAAACAUUUCGUUUUUUGGGAAGAUUGACCUGAACUUUAAGGUAGUGCUUUUAUCACUAAUUGCAGGAAUAAUUCUUUUGGAGCAAUCUACAUCUUCCAUGAUCAGUUGAACAAUCACCUCUAUCUGAAGGCUUCACAAAUAGGCCUUUGCUUAUCUAAUUAGUGACCUAUAAAUUGUGCAACAUACUGUACUUUCUCAGCUUUAACAGUAUUGUUAAUGUCUAUUCUUAAUUUAGAUUUGAAUCCCAUAUUUCCAGUGUCGUCUCAGACAAUAUUGGGUUGAUCAUGCCAAGCCUUUAAACUCUGUGUCUGUUGUUUAAUGCUUUCUUUUAUAAUUACAUAUCAUGGUGUUACAUAUGAGUGUUGUAUCAAACUCUAACUGGAUAUUUAUGGUAAAUAUUGCAUUUAUAAUAAACAUACUUUAUA